AUGGCGUUCCCCGACCUCAAGAUCGUCAACUGCAUCGUCGCAGAACCAACACAGCUUCAACCAGGACUUUCAGCUCUUCGCCGCCCCGGAGACCCCGCCCCGCGUCUCUGCUCAAGCCUCGCGUGCGCAGGCGAUAUCGACAGAGUGUCUCCUGUCCAGUCUUCUCAGUCUCCGUCGUUAGGGCCUUUCCACUCGUCAACCAACCACCGGUCUUUCUCAAGUCCAGCUUUGCACAGUCAACCACUGCCAAAACAGAAUUUGCGUCAGCUUGCCCACUUACACCGUCUUCCACCUGUUCCUCCAUUUGGUUCAAACACAUCCGUUCCCCGUCGAAAUCGCUCGGUUCCGAGCAUUCCCCAAGGCGACAUGGCUACCGCGUUUGACUCCAUGUUCCUUCCGGGAGGUGACAUGCUCACCUCCCAUGAUGACUUCAUGGACAUCGAUACCAACUUCCAGUCCAACAACUUCACCGCUGUUACCUCCGGAACCACCGCAAACGAUGGUACAAUUUCCCCAUCCGACCUGUUCAAUGAUGACGCGAUCAUGUCGGCACCGCCAUCUACUGCAUUCCCAAAUCUGAGCACUCCGGAAUCUGGUUAUUUGGAAUCCCCUGCAAUGGCCAGCAGCGGCCUCAACACGUCUCCGCUGGAAGAUGGCCUCCUCGAUGGCCAAUUGAACUUUGCUGAACUCGACAGUAUGGCCCCUUUGUUUCCUCAAAAUGGCUUUGAUCAGUUUGCCAACCAGCCUACGUCUUCUGAGUCAAUUUCCAUGAAGUCCAACUUCAGUGCCGUAAACUCCCGGCCCUCGUCUAAUACGUCUCCGAUGGUUAGACAGAAAUCGUCCCCAGGUCGGCCACCGUCCACACCUUUCAGCCACGGACGGAAACACUCGGAAAAUUACGGUAUCACCAAGGCGAAGCCGCGUAAGGCCUUGCCCGAUAUCAUUAUUGAUAGUGAUGACGACAAGGAAACCGCCAAGAGGAAGAAGAACACUGCUGCCGCUCGAAAGUCUCGACAAAGAAAGCAGGAACAUGCCGAGGCAGCCGAAGCUGAGAUCCAGCGUCUCAGAGGUAUUAUUUAUCGUCUCGGAGCAGAUCCUGAUGCUGAAAGUUGA